CCCUCUUCAAGACUUCAACCAACUCCAGGUCACCUGCUUGCUUUCAAUUGAUGGCCUUUCCAGACGGACUCGCUGUUUCUGUUGAGGCCUAAGAAGUGGGAAAGGGUUAUGGCAUACUCAGAACCUAUGAGUGCAGAGAGGGAGACAAUUCAAAUGAAUGCUGGUCCGAGGAAACCCCAUAUUUUACUUGCUGCAAGUGGAAGUGUAGCUGCUAUACAGUUUGGGAAUCUCUGCCAUAGUUUUUCAGAGUGGGCAGAAGUGAGAGCAGUGGCCACAAAGUCCUCUCUACACUUCAUUGAUAGAGCAUCACUUCCUAAGGAGGUGAUUUUUUACACUGAUGACGAUGAAUGGUCCAGCUGGAACAAAAUAGGUGAUAGUGUACUACACAUUGAGCUCCGCCGCUGGGCUGAUAUAAUGGUUAUUGCCCCAUUGUCAGCAAACACACUUGGCAAGAUUGCUGGAGGACUCUGCGACAAUCUGCUAACAUGUGUUGUGCGAGCAUGGGACUAUAGCAGACCACUCUUUAUUGCUCCUGCUAUGAACACUUUCAUGUGGAAAAAUCCUUUCACAGAGCGGCACCUUAUGUCAAUUGAUGAGCUUGGUAUUUCUCUCAUCCCACCUGUCACAAAAAAGCUGGCAUGCGGGGAUUAUGGAAAUGGCGCAAUGGCUGAACCUUCUUUGAUCUAUCAAACUGUGAGACUCUUCUACGAGUCGAGGAAUCAAUCAGGUGAUGGAAGAGUUGGUUAAUUUUGUAUGGGCAUUGAAUACUCGAUCUGUUGGUGUGUUUAGUUAUAUCCUUAUUUGGUGCACUGUUAUUCUUACUCCUGUUUAAAACUGUGGAUCCAGGCAUCUAGCUUGUACAUUUGGACAA